GUUUUGCGUGAAACCAACGUACAUCAAUACAUCGGUUGAUCCAUGCAUCCAACAAACAAACUUUCGCGUUUAUAAUAUUAGUACGAUUAUCUGAGAAGUUCAUGUGACAAGGGAUAUUUUACCAAGUUCAAAUGUUUUAUUAGUAGGUGUUUAGUAAAGAAACUUGUUAAGUUAACUUGUUUAUGGAUUUUGACUAAAUAUUUUUUUCUAGCCUAGCGAUGGUCUUAUAAUAUAAUGGAAACGUUUUAUUUAUCAAACUUUCUUUAGCACGCGUAACGAAACGUAUAGAAUCACAGCAAAAAAUGUCAAUAUUGACAAUACAAUACAAAUGGGCUAGCAUUUUACAUUAUUUAUGAAUUAGAUUAAGAAUAAAGUUACUUGAAACUAUAAGAAAUAUACUCGAAUUAUUUUACAAUGGAUUACAAGGAUCGUUGCCGAACUUGCUUAGGCAGCGAGAAAGAAAUGAGGCAUAUACACACGAGAAUAAGAAUUGCGGGCGAUGAUGUACGCCUUUCAGAUAUCUUGGAGACUUUUUACAACUACAAGGCCACUCCAGACCCAAGUUUUCCAGACAACAUAUGCAUCAAUUGUGUUCACCAGCUUACAGUUACAUAUUCCUUCAAGUACAUCAUAGAAUCUAGUUCAAAAACACUCAUGGACAACCUCAACCUCCUUGAAUCGACCAGUGACAACUAUGACUGCAACUAUGAAUCUGAUGACCAAAAACCUAGAAGCCAUAUAAAUGUGAAAAGAAGAGAAAUUAAAAAGUUACAACAAAAUGUUGAUGAUGAAAUGCAAUUAUUGUUCUGUGUUGAAUGUAAAGCCGAAUUUCAAUCUGUAAAACAACUGAAUGAACAUUGUACAGAGAAUCAUCCAACUAAAUCAGACAUUGGGAGAGAUUGCAAGUACUGUAAUGAAAAAUUUGAUGACUUCAGAUCACUGGUCUUACACAGAAAGUUACAUUUAAGACCUUACCUAUGCGAAAAUUGCUGGGAAGGCUUCUACAGUAAGGAUGAGCUGAACACACAUUCCUGCCAGCCUAAUAACAAGGCAAAAAAUAAAUCAGAUAAGGAUUUACGUCAGUGCGACCAGUGUGGAAAAUCAUAUCCUCCUGGUUAUAUAAGAAUACAUAUGUUGACACAUAGCAAUGAUCGUCCAUACAGCUGUAAGUUUUGUCCAAAGAAGUUCAAGGUGCCUGGAGGUUUACAUUCCCAUGUUCUAUGGAAUCAUAAAAGGACUAGAAAUCACAAGUGUGAGGUGUGCAAUGCUACCUUUAUCUCUUCAAGUUCAAGAAGUUCUCAUAUACGUAAAAACCAUUUAAAAGAAAAGAAAUAUGGGUGUGACAGUUGUGGGAAAAGGUUCUUCUCAAAGUCUGAAUUACAAAGACAUUCUCUUACUCAUACUGGUGUUAAGAAUUUCCAUUGCCACUUAUGUGAUAAGUCCUACCAAACUAGAUACGGCCUAAAUGUACAUUUGAAGUCUCAUUCUCAAAUGAAUAUGAAUGUAUUGAAUUUGUGAACUAAGUGCAAUUUGUUACUGAAAUUGAUCUCAUUUUUUUUAGAGUAUUUAUUCAUGAGUUUAUAGAUGAUUAUAGUUUUGGAUGGUA